AUGCUACAAGUGUUUAACUCUCCAGGCCUUUAUCCUGGAACGUGGCCUGCUGGACCCGAGAAGAGUGGACGGAACGAUCCGAAAGGGGCAGGGGCAGAAGAAAGCGAGGAAGAGGAGGCGGCGAAACGAGGCAGGGAAGGGGAACGAGGAGGUGAAAGGGAGAUGGGAGCAAAGGCGGGAGAAGGAAGGGGGGAGAAGGGCGAAGGGGGGGAGGAAAUCAUGGAGGAGGGAAGCGAGGAGGCGCGGGGGAGAGGAGAUCAAAGGAGGAAAGGGAGAUGUUAUUGUGGUGCCGUGUGUUUAGGCGCAGCCAUCAGUACGGCAUCAGCAGGAGGGGUCUCGUCAGCGGCUCUGAACAUCUCUUCUCAACAAGGACGUGACCUGCUUUCAGCCAAGCAGGCAGCGCUGACAUGA